AUGUCUGAAGAAAACAAAUCAAACACAACAAUUAAAGUUGAACCGAACGAAUAUCCUCAAAUUAAACAAGAACUUAAAGAUUAUGAAAAUACAACAGAUACAUACAAUGGAGAGGAAUCAUUGGUGGUCAAACUUUUGGGUAUGGUUACAAGGUUUUGCAGUGGCGUCGCACCACAUUUUCCAAUGAAAAAAGUUAUAUUACUUUUGUGGAAAGUAAUUCUAGUGACACUUGGGGGAUUGACACAUAUAUAUCGCGAACGGGCUGGUUUAUCAAAUAAUUCAGAAGAUACCAUAGAAGUAACGCGAAACAUGAGGGCUUGUUCACCACCAACAAGUGCAGCUGAUUUAAUUGAAGCACAAAAUCCUAAAAGAAACAGCAGGCCAUUCAGACGGAGUUUGAUUAAACAAAGUUCCCUCGACGAGCAGCAAGAUCCAACCUUACUAGGACUAGAUGUAGAUUGUCCAGGAGGUCCUGAACCCGAUGACGAAUUGGGAGAAUUUGGUCGCACUCUGGAUGCUGAACAAGGAACCGUCGGAUCUAAUGACCAGGUUUUCACAGGUGCUGAUGGUGAGAUUCAGAACGACAGGGACACUACGAUGGUUGAUGAAAAGGCUCCUGGACCUGCUGGGCAGCAGCCUAGUCUCGAUAGGCCUGGGACACCUGUACCAGCACCCAAGGGUUUACCAUGGAUGCCUAAAGUGCGUCAAAAAGACGUAGAGACUUUCCUGGACGCCUCCAGAAUGAAAUUCAUCGGUUACACUUUGCACAAUGAUCAAGAAAGUACUGCAGGUUUACCUCAACCUAUACAUGAAGGCAUCAGAACACUAAAACGGCAUAUGUACGUCAGCUUAGCAGAGAUCCAAAUAAAGCGUGAGGAAGAGAUGGCAAGGAAUCCACUGUCUUCCAGUGAAGGAGAAGUUCCAGCGACUCCGACAGAAUUAUUGUACCAGGCCAUACUUCCAAAUUUACCCCAAUAUAUGAUAGCACUGCUCAAAAUACUAUUAGCAGCUGCUCCUACCAGCAAAGCAAAAACAGAAUCGAUCAAUAUAAUGGCUGAUGUGCUACCAGAAGAAAUGCCAAUGACUGUUCUGCAAUCAAUGAUUUUAGGAAUAGAUGUCAAUCGACACAAAGAGAUUAUUGUUAAAGCCGUGUCGGCUAUAUUAUUAUUACUUUUGAAACAUUCAAAAUUGAAUCACAUAUAUCAGUUUGAGUUCAUGUCGCAACAUUUAGUGUUCGCGAAUUGUAUACCGCUAGUUCUCAAGUUUUUUAACCAGAAUAUAAUGGCUUAUGUUGGGGCAAAGAAUGUAAUUCCCAUAAUGGAUUUUCCAACGAGCGUUAUAGGAGAGCAGCCAGAAUUAACAACUGAUAUUUUGGAAAUUGGAAUGUUACACAUCACAGCACAGUAUUCAUGGAGGAAUUUAUUUUCUUGUAUAAAUCUUUUAAGGAUUUUGAAUAAGUUAACUAAAUGGAAACAUUCACGCAUAAUGAUGCUGGUUGUUUUCAAAUCAGCCCCAAUUCUAAAACGAACAUUAAAAGUACAACACGCAAUGAUGCAAUUGUAUGUAUUGAAAUUGUUGAAAAUGCAAACGAAAUAUUUAGGACGCCAAUGGAGAAAAUCGAAUAUGAAAACUAUAAGUGCUAUUUAUUCUAAGGUCAGGCACAGAUUGAAUGAUGAUUGGGCCUUUGGAAACGAUUUGGAUGCCCGUCCCUGGGACUUUCAAGGCGAAGAGUGCACCCUUCGAGCCUGUGUCGACAGAUUCAAUAAUAGGAGGUACCUAGGCACCCCUGUUGAUGUCGAAAUGGAACCUGUCGAUAAUUGCAUCAACAGUGUCCUGGGCAAUUCUCAAAAUGAAGAAUUUGUCCAAUUGCCUGAUGAAUUUAAACAGCAUUACGAAUUGUGGCUGCAGCAGGAGGUCUUCAACAACGACAUCAAUUGGGACACUCUUCUGGUUUCUGCAGAAAUAUAAUAAACGAUAAUAAAGGAUAAUAAAGGAUAAUAAAGGAUAAUAAAGGAUGAUAAAGGAUAAUAAAGGAUUUAUUUAAAAGAAAGGAGUUGAAUGAAUAGAGAAGGUAUUUAUCGAGGAGAUAAAUGAUUUAAAAUUGAAUAAAGAAAGUAUUCAUUAAG